CUCUACCGGCUUCCACUCCAACUUGAGCCAGGCAGCAAGGCGGUGUACUACUGUAUGACGGCUUCUGGGCGAGAACAAAGUAUCACUUUUCAAGGAUUCAGAUCUAAUGGGGAAAAGUCUUUGUAAAUGCUUUUAAAGAAUCAUUACUUGGAAACAUUGCACACUGGCUGCUCUGAAGGGAAUGGCCUUGAGUCUUAUCUGAAAGGAUUCAAUUUCACUGGAGAACCUCCUUGGCAGCUGCUCCUCUACACCUGAUAAAGCCUAAAUAAUUCCAUCUCUUUCUAGUCCAAUUCAUUUGCAAUCCAAUCUUGGAAUCAUGAGCUCUUUCACUCCCACCGACUAUGACUUCACCUUCCUGGAGGAAGGGUUCUCUGCAUGGGACAUUGUGGAGCAGAACAUCAACGAGCUGUCCAUGUCUGAUGACAAGGAUGCGUUCUACGUGGCGGACCUGGGGGACGUCCUGAAGAAGCACCUGCGCUGGGCGCGCGCCCUGCCCCGCGUGCACCCCUUCUACGCCGUCAAGUGCAACGACAGCCGCGCCGUGGUCCAGACGCUUGCCGCUCUGGGAGCGGGCUUUGACUGCGCCAGCAAGACGGAGAUCCAGCUGGUGCAGUCUCUGGGCGUGGCGCCUGAGCGCAUCAUCUAUGCCAACCCGUGCAAGCAGGUGUCCCAGAUCAAGUACGCGCUGGGCCACGGGGUCCAGAUGAUGACCUUCGACAACGAGGUGGAGCUCAUGAAGAUCGCACGCUGCCAUGGCAACGCCAAGCUGGUCUUGCGCAUUGCCACGGACGACUCGAAGGCGGUGUGCCGUCUGAGCAUCAAGUUUGGAGCCACCCUGAAGAACAGCCGCGUGCUGCUGGAGCGGGCGCGGGAGCUGGGCCUGGAUGUCAUCGGGGUCAGCUUCCACGUGGGCAGCGGAUGCACCGACCCGGAGACCUACACGCAGGCCAUCUCCGACGCACGCUGUGUCUUCGACAUUGGGGCUGAGCUGGGAUACAACAUGACCCUCCUGGACAUCGGAGGCGGCUUCCCUGGCUCAGAAGACACCAAGCUGAAGUUUGAGGAGAUCACCACUGUGAUCAACCCUGCACUGGAUAAGUAUUUCCCUGCUGACUCCGGGGUGCAGAUCAUCGCGGAGCCCGGCCGCUUCUAUGUGGCCUCUGCCUACACGCUGGCCGUCAACAUCAUCGCCAAGAAGGUGGUGAUGAACGAGCAGUCGGCCUCUGAUGAGGAGGACGAUGGCUGCAACGAUCGCACCCUGAUGUACUAUGUGAACGACGGGGUUUACGGGUCUUUCAACUGCAUCCUUUACGACCACGCUCACGUGCUGCCAACCUUGCACAAGAAACCCAAGCCAGAUGAGCGCUUUUACCCGUGCAACAUCUGGGGCCCGACAUGUGACGGCCUGGACCGCAUCGUGGAGCACUCUGUGCUGCCGGACCUGCAGGUGGGCGACUGGCUGCUGUUUGAGAACAUGGGCGCCUACACCGUGGCCGCCUCCUCCACCUUCAACGGCUUCCAGAGGCCUGACAUCCACUACGUCAUGUCCCGCAACGCAUGGCAGUGCAUGCAGCAGAUCCAGGCCCAGGGGAUGCCGGCCCCUGUGGAGGAGCUGAGCCAGGGCAGCAUGCCGUCCUGCUGUGGGCGCGAGAGCAGCCUGGAGGUCCUGGCCAAGCCCUGCCCGCCCACCCACGUGCUGCUCUAAGAGCCUCAAUAGCCACCCGCACCAGGCACACUGUAACAAACAAAACAAAAGCUGGCUUCAACUCAGCUUCACCGAACCAACCACCCACCAUCCCAUGCACAUAGUGUUGUUCAUGCACCCGGCUCCCUUUCUGUGCAGUUCCAGAAAGCCGCUUUGCUAACUUUUGUUUGCAACUUACUGGUAGCAAUGCAACUUCCCCUUGGCAACCAACGGAGUUGUGAACUGGUUAGCAAUGACGCUUUUGAGAAAUGGGGUCCAAAAUGGCAGUUUUUUUUAAUAAAACAGUGUUUUUUUGUCACUGUCAUUUGCCACCAGUCUGCAAUAUAUUUAACUGCUUUAUGUAGAUUUCGAAUGAAAAGCCCACUUAUGGUAAUGGGCAGACAUUUCAUUCAUACAUUUGGUGACUCGCUGUGUUUUUUUGUUUGUUUGUUUUGUUUUUUACUUUUGUAUUUGUUUUUUAUGUUUGUGGGGCCACUCACUUGUCACCCAUUGCAGACACGCAAUCAUCCUGUCACACAUUCUGUGUCUCCAGUAUGGUUUUAUUAUUGCUCUUAUUUUAUUUUAAUGUUUUAUUGUAUUAUUUUAUUAUUUUAUUUUAUAGUUGCAUCAAAAGGCCAGUUACUUGACUGGGAGCAUGAAGGGGUAAAACAUUUGGCAUGAUUACCAUUCCCAGUAUGAAGGAUGUAGGUUCAGUCCUGAUGCGCUCCUUAAUCUCGAGCACCGCCUUUGUGACUUAACUGAAGGCGGAUCUCCGUGGAUGGCAGUUUCAUAGAGAGCUCAUGAAAAGAGAUGUGUGGAAGCGUGUCAGGAUAUGGCUGCUAUAAGUAUAUUUAAGUUAUAAAGCCUCAUUCUCUAUACUGAAAUGUGCACAUAUGCCCUUCAUAUUCCACCUAAUUUCUACUCUCCUUUGCUUAACUUUUUUAUUUUAUUUUAAUGUAUUACUAUGUGCUAGUAAGUGUUAAUAUUAAUAAAAGCAUAUAGUUGCUGUCAACAAUGCAUCUGGAAAUGGACUGCGGAAGAGCUGGGAUUGCAUGUAUAAUUUGCUUUCCUAUGGAAACUUUUAAACAAAUUUUUGUAUUUUUUUUUAUAAAUAAUAAAACUAUGUAGUUGAAAUA